AUAUGACCAACGGGAGGCGAUGAAUCGCGGCAUCCUGGUUGCUAAGCUACAGAGACUCACAUGCCAACAAAAAGCCUACAGGCUUUAUUAAGUAGGUGAUCUUAUAUUUUCGGUUUAAAAAUAAUCUAUUUCUUAAUUUAUUGUACAACUAAAAGAAAAUGCUACAAACUGAAGUUUUGAGUGAGGGAAAAGAUGAGACUGGACCGUCUGUUGAGGCCGAAAAUCCUGAUACCAGAAUUGAGGCUCGUCGAAAUCGUAUUGCUGCUCGAGUCCAGGCCAAGAGACGACAAGAGGUUGGAGAUGACAUCCAGAAGAAGGCAGAAAUUAAAGAGGAAGCUCGACCAAGUCAAAGACAGAUGGAAGAAAGUGAAAGACACAUGGCUAAAUUAAAAGCAGAUGGCACAGAGCGAGUGACCAACAUUCUGGUGGUGGCUGAUUCCAAGGAAUUAAAGAGGAGAGAAGAACUAAGGGAGGCAAACAGACUAAGAUUGGAAAAGCUGGAAAAUGAGGCCAAGUCCAGCACAGAGAAGUUCAGUAAGAUCAUGAACAAAUGGACUGAGGCCAAGACAAAGGUGAUCCACCAGGAGCUGAGAGACGAUCUAAGAAAGCAGCAACAGCUCUGUUGUCAAAUCGUUGAAGACAAGAACAAACUCAUCAAGGAAUUACAGCAGGAGCUGAAAGGAAGAGAUGAUCGUUUUGUGAAAGACCGUAAAAGGGAUGCAGAAGAAGUAGAUCUCCUGAUUGAAAGGAUGCAGGAACAGAUAUCAAGUCUGAAGAAAGACUAUAGGAAAGAGCUGGAUUUAAUAGAGAGCUCCUUCGGUGAUGAGUGGAAGGGUUUACUUACAGACAGCAAGAACAAAUGGGAGCAUCAGAGAAAUGAACGAAGCAACAAAGAGCUGGAGUUCUUGCUGCAGAGAAUGAAGAUGUUGGAGGAGCACGAGUCCGUGCUGCAUCGUCUGAGAAUGGAGAGCGCAGAGGAGUACAACAAGCUCAGAAUUAAACUAGAGACUGAUGUUCAGCGCCUAGAGCGUGACCUGCAGGAAAGGAAGGCUACCUACCAGCUUAAUCAGGAGAAGCUCGAGUACAACGUACAAAUGCUGAAGAAAUAUGAGGAAGAGUAUGCUGUUAGUAAGGCUCAGCAGAUAAGGAAGAUCACCAGAUUGCAGGAUAUGCGCAACAAUCUGAAGAAAAAAUGCGCUGUUCAGGAAAAACAAUCCCGUGAGGAGAUACAGUCAGUGACUAAUAAGUAUAACCGCCUCAUGCAGCAAUACAAAGAUCUUCACAAGAGGAAAAGGCAUUUUGCGGCAGUUUACGGCAAGCGUUACGAGGAGGUUUGGCUGAUGAAAGAAGACGAGGCCAAAGGAUUUGUGAGCAGAGCUGUGGACUUGGAUAGAGUUAUUCAUGAACAGAUACUGGGCCUGUCCUGGAGUCCUCCAACACUGCCCUUCAUGGACCAUUCCAUCCCCAAGCAGCCUCAGCGUUCAGCUCAACAAGUUGUCGCACAAGUUUUGGGAGAGGAGGACGAGACACAAGAGAAGACAGAGCGAGAAACAGAGCAAGAGAAAAGUAGAUUGGAGGAGUCUUGCAGUCUGAUGACUUGGGUGGAUCGUAAAACAGUAAAGAUUGUGCUGGAGCUUCUGUGUGAUGAGAUGGGCUUUUUAAUAGAGAGUAAUUUACACGAGCUAGUCUCAACCAUGGAGAAGAGUGAACAGACUGCUUUGAAGCUGGAUUCCAUCUUUUCUGCCAUGGGGAUUAAGAACGAAGAGGAUAUAAACAAAAUGACCAAGUUCAUCUUGAGAUAUAAACUUCCCCACACAGAGAAGGAGAACAUGUCAGUGAAUGACCAGGCAGAGAAUGAGUGCAGACUUAUCCAUCCAAAUGACCUAUUGAGAGCUCUCCGAGCCUUCACUGCCCAGUACUGUAAAGCCAGAGAAAUACCCCGAGACAAGGGAAGUGCUCUAAUGUUGGAGAGGAUGAAUGACGGUGAUGCCAAUGCAUACUGGGAGCACAUAGCUAACAUCAUCCCUGAGUCCAAACUCAAAGUCUGGAGGGCGUUGGAAGCAGGUCUCAAGAAGUACCAUACUGAGCUGACUAAAAGAUCCAAGCUUCUGACUGAAACCCAGCAACUCAAACAACAAAACUCAGAGCUCCGGAUGCUCCUGCAAAAAUACCAAAACUCAAAGGUCAAUGCUGAGCUGAUGAUUCCACCCAUACAGAUGAGGCAAUGAUGUCAGAGCAGAUGUAAUCAAAUGAUAUUUUACAUUACAAAAUCAAUUUAAUAUGUACUGUAUUCUAUUUCCAGAUAAAUAUUUAGUUUAGCCUUAUUUGUUUUUAUUGUUUUGUCAUCAAAACCGAGAAUGGGUUGAAAUCUGUGCAAUUAGUGGAUUUGUGAAAUUUCCUCACUACUAAAUAUUCCACGGUCAACUGUUAGUGGUAUUAUAACAAAGUGGAAGCAAUGUGAAACAACAGGAACUCGGCCAUGAAGUGGUAGGCCAUGUAAAAUCAGUGGGGUCAGUGCAUGCUAAGGUGCACAGUGUUCAGAAAUUGCCAACUUUCUGAGAGUCAAUAGCUACAGACCUCCAAACUUCACAAGGCCUUUAGAUAAGCUCAAGAACAGUGUGUAGAGAGCUUCAUGGAAUGGGUUUCCAUGGCCAAGAGGCUGCAUCUAAGCCUUACAUCACCAGGUGCAAUGCAAAACUUCGGAUGUAAAGCACUGGAUGCCACAGGACUCUAGAUCAUUGGAGACGUGUUUUCUGGAGUGACAAAUCACAUCUCUAUCUGGCAAUCGGAUGAGUGAGUCUGGGUUUGGCGGUUGCCAGGAGAACAGAACUUUCCUGACUGCAAUGGGCCACGUGUAAAGUUUGGUGGAGGAGGGAUUAUAGUGUGGGGUUAUUUUUCAAGAGUUGGGCUUGGCCCCUUAGUUCCAAUAAAAAGGUACUAUUGAGUUGAUGAUAUGUCCUGUCCUGUGUUUAGUUAAUAUACUUUCAGAGAAAAUUCUGUGUUGAUCCACAUUUGGUUGAACUGUACGUUUGUCAAAAAGGCCUGAUGUCAUUUUCUGUGUUCUCAGUGACAACAGUUGCAUUGUUGGUGUACAGAUUAUUUGUUCUGGCUUUUAGGGCCAAAUGUGCCUUACACUCCUUUUCUUUGCCAGAAACGGCCCUUUUUGACAUUUGGGUGAAGGUGUUGAGGUUCAGUGAGACUCAAAAAAGUGUUUAAAUUAUUUCACAUUAUGACACCAUUAUUUUGCAUUAUGGAAACAAUGGACACUGUGCUAUCCCUUAAGGCAACAGAGCUUGAGCUAUAGUUAAUUAAACAGUGUUUCUUGUGGUUGAACUUAUUGUUUAACACCAACUAAGUAGGUUGUUAAUUCAAGGUGUCAAAUAUUAAAAACAGUUGUGAUAUUUAGAAGAAAAAAGGGUUUUAUGCUUAAAGUGACAGUGUAGGUAACAUGACAAUGCCAACAUUGUGGAUGUAGCAAGUCUGAAUUUGUAUUCGUACGGCACACAUAUACUGGUCAUGAUAAACAAGUGAGCAGUAGGAACUGAAUUGAAUUUACUAGGUACUCUCACAGUAUGUGAUUUCAGAUGGAUGCCAAGUGAAAUGACAAUUACAUAAAAAUUACUGAAAGAGUUUUCGGUGUGACAUGUAUAAUGAAAACAUAAAUAAACAUCAGCUCGUGUACGUUAGAUUUUUCCACACAUAAAAGCUAACGGUCAACAAAUGAGCUUCAAUUUAUCUCGAGAUGUUUUGUUGCUGCCUCUUGCAGAAACAAAACAUCUUCAAUUUAUCUCGAGAUGUUUUGUUGCUGCCUCUUGCAGAAACACUCAAACACAGAAGUAGCUGGAUGAUUUCAUCUUCACAAUCAGUUCUUCCCAUUGUACCCCAAUUAUGUA